CCUCCAACAAAACAAAAAUUUCAAAUUAUCUCUAGGUUGUUUAAUAAAAAAAGAUAAACCAAAACCAAAAUAAUGUAUAAAUUGAUAAUUGACCUUUAAAACAUUAAAAUCACUAAAGCUUCUAAUACAUGACAAUGGCUAAAGAAACGAUACCAGAUUUCAUUGUAAAAAAUAAUUUUUUUGUCAGACCUAGCUCUAGGAAUGGUUUGUGGGUGUUUUUCUUACUUCCUAUUUCUAUAAUAAUAUCUUUAAUGAAACAUCCAGUAAUUUUAACGCCACACUAUAAAUUUGCAACACUAGUUUCAUUUACAUUAAUAUGUAAUUCUCUGUACAUUAUAUCCCGUUAUAUCAAGAACCAAAAAUUGAAGAUAAUACAUAUAUGUCCUUUAACUAUUUCAGUAUUAACUGGCACUUUAUUCAAUAUAUGUUUACAUAAAGGAUGGAUAUUCUCUUUAGCAAAUGGUUUUUUGAUAACUUUGGGUUUUCUACAUAUGUAUAGAUUUUUGUUAAAUAAAUUAAAAUACAGUUUUACUUUGGGAGAAGCUGGCCUUGUAGCUCAAACAAUCAUUUUAUUUGUUAACUCUCUAUUUUAUAAUAUAUUUCAUAUGUUAUCAAUACAAGAAAGAAAGUAUAGGAGUAAAAUGCAAACAUGCACACUUAUAAUUCAAGUGGGUCUAUUAGGAUUAAUGUUAUUGUCGUACAUUGUAUACAUGUUUAAUAUAAAAGGACCAAAGACUUUUUACUUGACAGCAUUUAUUACCAUAACGUUAUCAGUUAUUGUGCCACUACACUUGAUUAUGGAUCAGAGUCCACUGAUUUGGAUAUUUGAGCAAGUUUUAAGUGAUAUCUUACUGUUGAAAUUAUUUAUUUAUUGGAGUUUCUGCAUAGCAGUUGCUGUUUUAGCUGUGAGAAAUCAAAUAUUUUAUGCCAAGAAAGCCUCAACUAGUGUUAGAAAAAUUUUUCACAUUAUAUCAGUUCUGGUUUAUAUUCCUGGCUUAUAUUAUAGGUGUUCUUUUUUUUACUUGUCAACUGGAGUUGUAUUGGGUAUAUUCUUUGCUUUAGAAAUUUUAAGGAUACAAUCCAUACCUCCAUUAGGUAGUCAACUGCAGGAGGGUUAUAUAGUUUUCAAUGAUGAAAAAGACAGUGGGUUACUGGCUUUAACGCCUAUCUAUCUAUUAACAGGGAUUUCUUUGCCUAUAUGGAUUCAUCCGGCACCAUGUGAUGUUACUGAUUCUGCUCAAUUUACUUUAUUGCCUGUUCUAAGUGGGCUUCUAUCAAUUGGUAUUGGAGAUACUUCAGCUAGUUAUAUUGGUUCAAAUUUUGGAAGGUUAAAAUGGAAAGGAACUAGCAAAACAAUAGAAGGCACCUUGGCGUAUAUUUUUAGUCAGAUGGGUUUUAUUUAUUUACUCCAUUUUAUAGGUUGUUUGGCUAUGCUAGAUAAUGAACAAAUUGUUAGAAUUAGCUUAGCUGUAUUGGUAACGGCUAUUGUCGAAGCGAAAACUAGUCAAAUUGAUAAUUUAGUUUUGCCAUUUAUUAUGUAUAUAUUUUUGGUAUAAAUAUGUAGUUUUUUAAGAAAGAAUAAAGACUGUUUUUUAAUGCAA